GUCUCGGCUCAGCUCUCUCGCCACGAGCUACGGGACCUCAGCAGCCUUCAGGGCCUUUCGGGCCCCUCCCUCGACCCCAUCCCUUCUGCCUCGGGGAGGGCUGUCUUGCUUAGUGCCUUCGCGCAAUGGCUACGUGAAACCUCGGGCUGCAUCCUGGACCAGCUGUUGGAGGCCAGGCCCUUCGAGACCGAACGCUUCGUCGACUGGUUGAUCCUGUACGGCCGGGAUUUAUAUGGCAGUGGCCGCCCUUACUGGCAUUUUUCUGAGACGAUAAACGCUUUGACGGCCCGGAAGCCUGUUUUACGACGAGCCUGCCAAGGAGCGUGGGACUUAGCCUUCACUUGGUUAUCCGAGGAGCCCUCGACGCACCACGUUGCGCUCCCGGCCAUCCUUUUAUUGGUUAUUCUGGCCUCCUGUUUGGCGUGGGGCUGGCUUGCUGAAGGAGCUUUGUUUGCCCUCUCCUGGGGCGCCUUGCUACGGGUCUCGGAAGCUACCGCCGCCACUCGCCGCCACCUUGUCUUUCCCGAGGACGCGCUGUUCAUGCAGAGUUAUAUUCUUAUAAUUAUUGACCAACCCAAGACACGUGGGCGCGCAGCGAAGCACCAGAGCUCCAAGCUCGAACAAGCAGACCUCGUUGAGCUCGUCUCCCUCGCCUUCGAGAAGUACAGCAAGACUUCCCGCCUGUGGCCCUUUACGAACCAGACCCUACGGCGAAGACUGGACUAC